UAAGACUUCGACUCCUGUAAGCUCGACGGUUUUUGACCAGCAUCCACGUCAACAUGGCAAAGAAAACAGGACUUCUGCUUCUAGCUGAGGGAGCUGAGGAAAUGGAGGCUGUAAUAACUGUCGAUGUUCUCCGAAGAGCUGGGGUUCUCGUCACUGUUGCCAGCGUCGGCAAUAGUAAUAUUGUUACCUGCAGCCGAGGAGUGAAAAUACAGUCCGAUGAAACUUUAUCUGAUGCAACAAAGGGUAAGACUUAUGAUGUAGUAAUCCUACCUGGUGGACUUGGUGGAUCCGAAGCAUUAGCUAAGUCAGAGGAGGUUGGUGGCAUUCUCAAAGAUCAGUUGAAAGGAGACAGAUUAAUUGCUGCUAUAUGCGCAGCACCAACUGCGCUGAAAGCUCAUGGAAUAGCAGAGGGAAAGAAAAUAACCUGCUACCCGUCGAUGAAGGAUAAAGUUGAGGGAGCUUAUACAUGGGUGGAUGAAAAAGUUGUGAUCGAUGGGAAAUUGAUCACCAGCCAAGGGCCUGCAACUGCUUAUCUUUUCGGACUGGCUAUCAUCGAAACAUUGAUUGGUAAAAAAGAAGCAUUGACCGUUGCCAAAGGUAUGUUGUGUGGCGAUUACAAGUAACAAGGGAGAAUAAGAUUGCAAGCAAAAAUGACGCAGUCUGGGUAACUAUAAAUAUUUGGUUUGGAUAGUUCUUUUUAUAAAUAAUGAUCUGUAAUGUGGCGAAUAAAAGAAAAAAACAGACUUCCCAAAGA